AUGGGAUAUACUAAAUUACUAUUACAAGAUUUGUUUCAAAACUAUUCCAAAGACAUCCGACCAGUAGAGGACCAAUCGAAAGCCGUGACUGUAAACAUGAACCUUGAUGUUGUCUCCAUCAACGACUUUGACGAAGUAGCUGGAACAAUAUCGGUGGUCAUCAUCUUGUACAUUUCUUGGACUGACGAAAGUUUGGUUUGGAAUUCAACCUCGUAUGGAAACACAACUGUAUUGACGAUUACACAGAGGAAACUUUGGCUUCCCAAAAUGUUCUUAUGCAAUCCAGCAGAUUCAUUUCAACCGAUUGCCAGUAAUCACUUCAAAGUCAAUGUAAUAGCAAAUGGAACUGUAUUAUGGACACCUGGUGCUUUGUUGAAAGCAACAUGUACACCGGAUGUUUCUAGUUUCCCAUUUGACCAACAAACAUGCACACUAUCAGUGAGCCCAUGGGGAUACUCGACCAAAGAGGUGAAUCUGAAUAUACCUUCUACAUCUGUUUUUUUCACUUAUUUUUAUAAAAAUACUGAAUGGGAUGUGAUAGGAUCAGCUACAACGCGUUGGUCGCAAUCAUUUGACAUGGCAUAUUACUAUGUAACUAUCAAAAGACGUCAUAUGAAUUUUAUUGUGAGUGUUGUGAUACCAAUCAUCAUGUUAGCUUUUGUGAACCCGUUCGUUUUUAUUCUACCAUUUGACUCAGGAGAGCGGGCGUCAUACAGUAUCACAGUGUUACUAGCUUUCACGGUGUAUAUGACGGUAGUAAGUGACCGGAUGCCAGCUUCAUCAGAACCUAUGUCUUUUAUUUCUUACUACCUUCUUGCAAUGGUUGGCAUCAGUGUAGUCAUAGUAACGAUGAAUACAUUUCAAAUGAGAACAUACAGUAAACACGAUGCCGACGAACCGGUUCCUGAAUGGGUGAGGAAAGCUUAUAUGCACAUUCAAAAUAUAUUUCGAGGGAAACAGAUACAAGCUAAUGAGCAAUAUGAAAGGCCUGCUUUUACCGACGGUAAAGCAAACAACGGAUUGGAAAACAAGGGAACACAACCAAUGAAUAUGGAGUCUUCAAACAGGAGUAUCGACAAAUUCUACGCCAGUAUAUUACCUGUAUCACAGGUAAAAGAGAAAGUUAAGGCUGACACCGUCUCCGUAGUUACCGACCAUCAACCAGAGGUAGUGACUUGGCACAUGGUGGCGAAGAUAGUUGAUAAGUUUUACUUCGUCCUGUUUUUGGCAGCCACUGCCAUUGCAACUGUUGCAUAUUUCAUCAGAGUAAAUUAA